AGCAUCAGCGCCUGACACACGGAGAAAACAUGGCAAACGCCUACCUGCAAGGAGUAGAGAUCUCAGCCUCUCAGUUCCUGGAUAUAUUCCAUCAUUAUGACAACGAUGGUAAUGGAUAUAUCGAGGGGAAGGAGUUGCAGAAUUUUAUCAAAGAACUUCAGCAAGCUCGAAAACAAGCAGGAUUGGAACUAACAGACAAAAUGAAGGCCUUUGUGGAGAAAUAUGAGCAAAAUGCUGAUGGAAAAAUAGGUAUCAUUGAGCUGGCUCAAAUCCUUCCAACAGAGGAAAACUUCUUGCUAUUUUUCAGACAACAGCUGAAAUCCUGUGCAGAAUUUAUGCAGGCUUGGAGAACUUAUGAUGCUGAUCACAGUGGAUACAUCGAAGCUGACGAACUUAAGAAUUUUUUGAAAGACCUGCUUCAGAGGGCAAAAAAACCAUAUGAUGAGAAGAAAUUAGAGGAGUACACAUUGACUACGCUGAAAAUUUUUGAUUCAAAUAGGGAUGGAAAAUUAUGUCUGUCAGAAAUGGCACGGCUGUUACCGGACCAGGAGAACUUUCUGCUCAAAUUUCAGGGGGUAAAAAUGGCCAGAAAAGAGUUCAACAAGAUUUUUGAAUUAUAUGAUCAGGACAGGAACGGUUACAUGGACGAAAAUGAGCUUGACGCCCUCCUCAAAGACCUUUGUCUGAAAAACAACAAGGUUCUAGAAGUCAGCAAAAUUCCGACAUACAAGAGCGCCAUCAUGGCUCUGUCUGAUGGCGGCAAGCUCUACAGAACAGAGUUAGCACUGGUGUUGUGCGCAGAGGAGAUGUGAACGCCUCCAUGGGUGCUCACACCAUCCCAGAACCCCGUCCUCAACUCACCUGUGAUGCAUAAAGUAGCUAGAACCCUCUUACGUUCUUUCAUUUGGAACAUGGAGUUCACAUAGACAGGCAACCCUGUGGCACUUUUCAAUUAGUUGUUUCUAUACUGUUUCUAAGUGUACAGAUUUUUUAACAAUGGCACAAGUACAAUACUUAACAACCUACACUGCACACAUAAACAAAACAAUUCCCUAAACAAAGGAAGGGACCCAACAUGCUAACAAAUCCCCAUCCCGAUUCAAUAUCCAAAGUAUCCACCAAUACCUAUUCAGUAAGUAUAAUAAGUACUGAUUUAUCUUCCAAUAUCAUAGACAAAAGCAAUAAUGUCAUCAAGGAAUGCAGAUGAAACACUGAUGGCCUGUCGGUGGGUUCUAUGUAAAACUCCAAAAGGCUGCAUUUACUUUUGCAAUGCAUGUUUGUAUCAGACGGCAGGCCCUGCUAGUGGGGUAUUUUUGACUGCUAGCACAUGCCGAAUGUAAUGCAACGCCCCAGUCCUGUCUCUGUUAGAUUUUGCACUGUAAAGAAUGACAUGCUACUCUAUGCUAAACACCACAGACACUGUGUAAGAAAACAUUAAACUUAUUGAAUGACUACCUGAA